AUGGUGGCUAGUCCAAUAAUUGUUGCUUAUUUUGUUGCUUGGUCCAUUUAUCGUCGUUCAUAUUUUGUGAACGAUAUACCAGCAGAUAAAAUUACACAUAUAAAUUAUGCGUUUGCUAAUAUCAGUUCGGAUGGACGUAUUGCUAUUGGAGAUCCAUGGGCAGAUAUAAAAAAACCAUUUGAGGGUGAUAUAGGUAACCAAUCAUUACAGGGAAAUUUUAAUCAAUUAAUUAAACUGAAAGAAAAAUAUCCACAUUUGCGUACACUUAUUUCGGUUGGUGGUGGGACACGAUCCGGCAAAUUUUCCGAUAUUGCUGCAAGUCAUCGGAGUCGAUCAAUAUUUGCUGCCUCUUGUGUAAAAUUUAUUCAAAAGUACGGUUUUGACGGUAUCGAUUUAGAUUGGGAAUAUCCAGUAUCUGGGGGUUUAGCGACUAAUAGUCGUCGCCCUCAAGAUAAACAAAAUUACGUUUUUUUACUCAGAGAACUUCGUCAUCAGUUAGAUGCAGUAUCCGAUAAAAACUAUUUGUUAACUGCGGCAACUGGAGCUACUGCUAAGACUAUCGCAAAUAUGGAUUUACCGGGUAUGAUUCCUUACCUUGACUGGAUCAAUGUUAUGACAUAUGAUUUCCAUGGAGGCUGGGAAGCAACAACAGGGCAUAAUGCUCCAUUAUAUAAAAAUGAUGGUGAGGCAGUAAGUGAUAUUGCUCCAUCAUUCAUUAAAUCAAAAUACAACUGUGAUGCAGCAAUUCAAGCUUAUCUCGCAGCGGGAGUACCUUCUGAAAAGGUUCUUCUAGGUUUACCAUUGUAUGGGCGUGGUUGGCAAGGAGUAACGAACAUAGAUCGAGAUGGCUUUUCACAACCAGCAUCAAGUCAACUUCCGACUGGCACAUGGGAAAAUGGAGUUUUUGAUUAUGAUCAUUUGAAAAAAUCUUAUAUACCAUUCUAUAAUCGUUACUGGGAUAACGAAUCAAAGGUACCAUUUCUCUACAAUCCAUUGGCUGCUAUAUGGAUUAGUUAUGAUGAUGUAGAAUCCAUAAAUUUUAAGAAUAAUUAUAUUAAUCAAAAUCGAUUAGGUGGAGCAUUUUUCUGGCAGUUAAGCUCUGAUCGACAAGCUGAAUUAAUUAGUGCAACAUUUAAUGCAUUAAAUAAAGAUAACCUUUCAUCAAUAACAACAACAAAGCGUACAUCGUUGACUUCUCCUUCAUUUGCAAAAAUUUGUCCAUGGAAACCCAAAGUUCAAUACAAAAUAGGGCAUCGAGUGAUGUACAAUGGCAAAGUCUAUCGAUGUAUUAAAACACACACAUCAGUAGCAAAAAAGACGCCACCAUUAAAUUGUUCACUUUGGCGUCUCGAAAUCGUAAGAGCAUUAAUGACAACCAUCAAACAAGUUAAAACAACGACGACAACAGAGAAGAUUACAACAACGAUUCAGUUAUCUGAUCAAAACACUUCUUCUCAAUGGACACCAUUUAAAUUGUAUCUAGUAGGAGAUCAAGUAAUCUAUGAAGGAAAAUCGUAUCGAUGUCGACAAUCUCAUACAUCAUUAUCCGAUUGGAUGCCACCUGUUGUACCAGCACUUUGGUGGAAAAUCUAA